ACUCUGACACAGGGCGCACUUCUCUAAAGUGUGCACUUCACACCAGGAGGCGAAGGAAGAAAAAGAAAAAGCAGAAGAAGAAGCAGAAAAAGAAGCAGAAGAAGCAGCAGCAAAAGAAGCAGCAGCCGAAGAAGCAGCAGAAGAAAAAGCCAAUAAGGAAAAUUCGAGCUCAGGUCGCAAGGAAAAUCUGAACAAAGAUGAGUGUACCCAAUCUACUCGCUCGAUCUUAUUUUAUCCACAGACUUGGGUCCAGGCCCGUGUUUACAAGUUCCAAGCGUGACACUGCUUCCCCCAACUGGUUACGUGUUGGUCUUUCCUUUGGAUCGUCUAUUUUCCUGUGGACUCUGAUCUUUAAGCAGCACAGCACAGAUGUACUUGAGUACAACCUGAGGAACAACUUGCAAUGACCCAUCUCUGUGCAGGGGGCCUCCGUGGACUUCAGUAUCUGUUUUGUCUUCGUGAUUUGUCACACUGAUUCCUGCAACAAAUAAAUAUUUAUCAUGAGAGAUAAA